AUGGGAAGGCAAAAUUUGGAUGAAACUUUCUUCAAGCUUUACGUAGUUGUCAUGCCAUUCAAGAGACGUGCUCACGGUCGUAACAAGCCAGGCGCUUCAAGAGGUCACGUCAAGGGUGUCCGUUGCUCCAACUGUCGCCGUAUGGUGCCAAAGGACAAGGCCAUCAAGAGAUUCACUGUGAGAAACAUGGUCGAAGCUGCCGCUGUCAGAGAUAUCUCUGAUGCCUCCGUCUACGCUGAAUACGUCGUUCCAAAGCUCUACCUUAAGGUCGCUUACUGCGUUUCUUGCGCUAUCCACUCUAGAAUCGUUAGAGUCAGAAGCCGUGAGGACCGUCGUAAGAGAAGCCCACCAGCAAGACCUCGUUUCAGAGAUGGCAAGAAGGUCAACCCAGCUGUUGUUUCCCAAAUGGACCCAAGAGCUGGCGGUAACCCUGCAAACCCACCUGCACCAAUCGCAGCUAACGGUGUCAAAGCCUAA